UACACCCUCUCCUCACUCCUGCAAAUGCAAUUCCAACGUUCCUUACCUUCUCUCAAUCAGAGACUCAGAAGGGUCCAACAUUUAUGAACGUUGAUCCCCAAAAGCCCAACAGUACCAAACCGGGAACAAAAGUACCCCUUACCAAGCCAGCCCCAGAAGCUAGACGGGGCCCCUUCUCUCCCUCUUGCAGUCAAGGAAGCCAUUUCUAUAGCUAAGAUAGCCCUUCCUAUGAUACUAACAGGGCUCAUGUUAUACUCCCGCUCAUUGAUUUCCAUGCUCUUUCUUGGCCGCCUCGGUGAGCUUGCCUUGGCAGGUGGUUCGCUUGCCAUUGGAUUUGCCAAUAUCACCGGCUACUCUAUUCUUUCUGGUCUCGCCAUGGGAAUGGAAUCCAUUUGUGGACAAGCCUUUGGUGCCAGAAAGUAUACCCUCCUUGGAAUCACGUUGCAACGAACGGUGCUUUUGCUUUUCGUUUCUUCGCUGCCCAUUUCUCUUCUAUGGAUAAACAUGAAGACACUCAUACUUUGCGGCCAGGAUGAAACUAUAGCCACAGAAGCACAAUCAUAUCUUAUUUACUCUGUUCCUGACCUCUUAGCUCAGUCUCUUUUGCACCCGUUAAGAAUUUAUCUUAGAACCCAAUCCGUAACUUUCCCUCUAACUAUUGCGCCAUUCUGUCUAUUCUUCUACACAUACCUACAAUUACCUUCUUGUAUCACACUUAAAUUAGGAAUCAAGGGAGUUGCUCUUAGCGGGGUUUUAACAAACUUCAAUCUCGUAGGCUCAUUAAUAAUCUAUAUCCUCUACUUUGGAGUCCACAAAAAGACAUGGGGAGGAUUUUCGAUGGAGUGCUUUAAAGAAUGGAAAUCCCUGACGAAUUUGGCCAUCCCAAGCUGCAUUUCAGUCUGCCUUGAAUGGUGGUGGUAUGAGAUCAUGAUUCUUCUGUGCGGGUUGUUACUAAACCCCAAAGCUACUGUUGCUUCAAUGGGCAUUUUGAUUCAAACAACGGCGCUAAUCUACAUAUUCCCAUCUUCUCUAAGCUUCAGUGUAUCAACAAGAGUUGGAAAUGAACUUGGAGCAAACCAGCCCAAAAGGGCCAGACUCGCUGCCUUUGUUGGCCUGUUUUGUGGCUUCAUGCUGGGCUUUUCAGCACUCCUGUUUGCGGUAAUGGUUAGGAACAUGUCUAGCAUGUUUACUGAUGAUAGAGAGAUCAUAGCAUUAACUCUUGUUUUGCCUAUAAUCGUGUGUGAGCUCGGAAACUGCCCGCAACAACGGCCGCGAGUGCUAAGAGCCAGCAGGCCAAAAGAAGGAACACAUAAACCUUGUUGCUUCUACCUUGUUGGUAUGCCGGUGGCAGUAUGGCGGUUUUUUGCAGGAUUUGAUUUCAAGGGAUUGUGGCUUGGACUAUUGGCUGCCCAGGGCUCCUGUAUGCUGACGAUGAUGAUGGUUUUGGUUAGGACGGACUGGGAUUCUGAGGCUCAAAGAGCUAAGGAGCUGACCGGAACAGUAGCGGUUGUUGAUGACAGCAAAGAAGUUGAGCAAGAGAAGCUACUCAAAGCAGAAAUCAAGGAGGAUUCUUUUGUUUAUUAGGAGAUUUAGAGAAACCUGAUCAUUAUUGCCUCGUUUAACUAAUCUCUUUGUUUUUUUUUUUUUUUAUCGUUAUUGUUGUUACUACUAUAUUUUUGUUAGUUUUCUCUAACCUGUAUAGCUUGGGGCGAG